GUCUGCUUGAAAGCCUGGGAGAGCUUGAGAAAAGCCACGGUGGAGAGUUGUGGUAUUUUGGAUAUAUUUGACACAAAGUACUGCCACCUCUGCUCUAGAGAUUCGUAUGGCUUGAAGGGUGGAGCUGGAACCUGGCACUUUUACCUCCAUGGAUCCCCUAAACCUCUCUUGGUACAACAGUGACAUCGGUGACAGGAAUUGGAGCAAGCCACUCAACGAGUCCAAUGCAGACCAGAAGCCUCAGUAUAACUACUAUGCCAUGCUACUCACCCUCCUCAUCUUUGUCAUUGUUUUUGGCAAUGUGCUGGUGUGUAUGGCUGUGUCCAGGGAAAAAGCUCUUCAGACUACCACUAAUUACCUGAUCGUGAGUUUGGCAGUGGCAGAUCUCUUGGUAGCAACUCUGGUCAUGCCUUGGGUGGUCUAUCUGGAGGUGGUUGGUGAGUGGAGGUUUAGUCGGAUCCACUGUGAUAUCUUUGUAACCCUUGAUGUUAUGAUGUGUACUGCCAGUAUCCUCAACCUCUGUGCCAUCAGCAUUGACAGGUACACAGCAGUAGCGAUGCCAAUGCUGUAUAAUACCCGCUACAGCUCGAAGCGCAGGGUCACGGUCAUGAUUGCUGUGGUCUGGGUGCUUUCGUUUGCCAUCUCCUGCCCACUCCUCUUUGGCCUCAACAACACAGAUGAGAAUGAGUGCAUCAUUGCCAAUCCUGCCUUUGUCGUGUAUUCCUCUAUCGUCUCCUUCUACGUUCCCUUCAUUGUCACCCUGCUAGUGUAUGUGCAGAUUUACAUAGUGCUCCGGAAGCGCAGGAAGCGUGUCAACACCAAGCGCAGCAGCCACGGCCUGGACUCAGACAUGCAAGCCCCGCUGAAGGACAAAUGCACUCAUCCAGAAGACGUCAAGCUCUGCACAGUUAUUGUGAAGUCCAAUGGGAGUUUCCAAGUUAAUAAGCGCAAAGUGGAGGCGGAGAGUCACAUAGAAGAGAUGGAAAUGGAGAUGGUGUCCAGUACCAGUCCCCCUGACAAAACCACCAUCAAACCAGUGGCACCAAGUAACCAUCAGUUGGUUGUGCCAGUUGCUUCAAAUCAGGGCACCAACUCAACCCUGCAGGCACCCUUGGACAGCCCUGGGAAAGUAGAGAAGAAUGGACAUGCCAAAGAAACACGCCACACAGCUAAGGUCUUUGAGAUCCAGUCUAUGCCUAAUGGCAAGACAAGGACCUCUCUCAAGACUGUGAGCAGGAGGAAACUGUCACAACAGAAGGAAAAGAAAGCCACUCAGAUGCUAGCUAUUGUACUCGGUGUUUUCAUCAUCUGCUGGCUCCCAUUCUUCAUCACUCACAUCCUGAACAUGCACUGCAAUUGCAACAUCCCCCCAGCAAUGUACAGCGCCUUUACAUGGCUUGGAUAUGUCAACAGUGCUGUCAACCCAAUUAUUUACACCACCUUCAACAUUGAAUUUCGCAAGGCUUUCAUGAAGAUUCUCCACUGUUAA